AGUGACAUUUGAAUCAUUUCUAUCUGUCAUUGUUUUAUUAUCUCAUAUUUCACUGUCUCUAAGAAUCUAUAUGGAAGAUACAUUUCCUAAGAUGGAAAUCUUUACACAAAAGGAAUUACCAACUUGUUUGCAAGAAAUAGUAACAACAGAAUCCAAGUAUUUGGAAGAUACAAUUAUAAGAAGAGACUCUUACUCUCUCACUUCUUCAUCAACAUUAUCACCACAAAAUCUUUUCUGGUGUACUUCAAAUUCUACUUCAAUGAAACAAGAGGUAGUACCUUUAACCACUUUAGUUAGUCAAAUGCCUUCAAAUUUCAAUGAUCAUUAUGAUGACAUGAAGAAUAUGAAAGGUAUAAACCAAUCCCUUUCAGGAUUCAAUUCUAUCUCCUCUCCUAAUGUCAUAGCCUCAGAUAUAAAACAUAGUUUUGUUCCUCUAAAUCUUUUGGAAACUCUCCCGGCAUUAACCGUAACUCCAGUUUCUGAUGAGCCAACAGGAUCUUUAGCUUCUUCUUCUACUACACCGAAAUAUCCGAAUUUGACUUUGUUUUUGCAGGAACCAUCCAUGCUAUACAAAAGUAGUGAAAUCAUCUCAACAACUUCAUAUCCCACAUAUCCUAUGUCCCAAUUUGGCCUAACUCAGCAUCAACAAAACAAUGGCUAUGGAUUUUAUGAUUCAAACAAAAUGAAUAAGAAUAUGAUGGAAAACUUGCAAUCCAAGUCUUUCAAUGAGAAUUGGUUGAGUACUACUAAGACUCAACCUAUGAAGUAUGGUGCAAGAGGGAAGCUUUACAAAGGGGUGAGGCAGAGACAUUGGGGGAAAUGGGUUGCUGAAAUUAGGCUACCAAGAAACAGGACUAGAGUUUGGUUAGGGACAUUUGACACAGCUGAAGACGCCGCAAUUGCAUAUGAUACAGCAGCAUAUAUACUAAGAGGUGAAUGUGCUCAGUUAAAUUUUCCAGAUCUUAAGCAUGUGAUUCAAGCUAAUUCAUUGAAUGGAACAACUGCUUCACUUGUUGAGGCAAAACUUCAAGCAAUAUCACAACAAGGUGUUUCUUCUUCUCAUAGAAAACAAAGGUCAAAUAAUAAGCACAUUGAUGAGGUUAAAAAUGGCAAGGAAGAAACUAUGAAGGAUUUGAAGGUUGGAGGUGACACCGAUGACAGAAGCAAAAGUAUGCAGAAUGAGAUAUGUGAUGUGGAAACUGUUCAGUUAAGUAGAAUGCCAUCUUUAGAUAUGGAUAUCAUUUGGAAUGAACUUCUAGUUUCUGAUUCAUGACUUACUUUUUUACUUUGAAUUCACAACAUAUAACCAAUGUAGUGCCGAUACUUCAUCGAUGGCAUGUCCAAUAUCCGACACAUGGUUGUGUCAAGUUUCAUUUUCUCAUUAUUACUAGUGUGUACAAGUCAGUGUUGUGUUUGGUGUCCGCGCAUGCGCCAUCGCGUGUGUGUCAUUGCUUCACAGCAUAUAACCUUUUGUUUGGUUUACAAUUGUUGUCUUUCAAUUGGACCAUAACUUUGUUCAGAUCAGUUCAUUCUAGAUUUGACAGUUCCUAGUCCACAUCUCAUAGUAUACUAUAUUGUGAAUCAUGAUCAGAUUAACAUUUUUAUCUUCGUGUAAAGAUCAUAUUAAAAUUUAGACAACAGAUACACCGUCACAAUGGCCAAAGAAAUCAGAACAGUGUUAUAUUGGUUAUUAUAAACUUACAGAGGUAAGUGCAACAUAAGUAAAAGAAUCCAUUUUACUCUUGUGUUGUGUACUGAAUUUCUCGUCACAACAUGUAUCUGUUAAGUUCAUGUAUAUAUAUUUUAGUACCUAUUUCGAAACACUGAGAAAUAACAAGCUAACAACAUGUAUCUGACGACAAAGUCUUAUUUUUUUUUUAUUAUUUAAAUAAAUAAAUAAAAACUGAAUAUAAAAAGAUUAAAGGGCGUUUGGAUUGACUAACUUAUUUUCGAGGCUUAUUCAAACAGCUUAUGCAAUUUUUAUGUAUUAUUAUAAGUUUGUCAAGAUAGUUUAUGAUAAAGUAGUUUAC